AGAAAGAAAGAAAGAAAGAAAGAAAGAAAGAAAGAAAGAAAGAAAGAAAGAGUCCAUCCGGGACUGUUUGUCCAAUCAGAUACCAAGUUGGCCCAUGCGGCAGGAAGAUGCCACUUGUGUACAACGGCCACUCAUACUCACAUCAGCAACUGUCAUUUGUCUUCUCACUUAACAGCAGUUCCUUCGGCCAUGGCGGCCACGAAGAAAACAGACGCUAAAUCUUCUGAGGAGCGCCUCCAUAACCAGAUGCCUAAGAAAGCUGGGAAAAAGAAGAAGCCCAGGCGUCAUGCCAGGUCCCACCGUCGCUCCCACCGCCGGAGACUCUGGAGCAGUUUUGGCACCUAUUUCACCAGGGUUCUGAAGAAUGUUCAUGUGGGUUUAAGCCUUUUCCACAGAACCAUGAACGUCUUGGACUCGUUCCUGUUUGAAAGGAUCACUACUGAGGCCAGUAACCUGAUUUGUCAAACCAACUCUUCUACUAUCAAUGCCCGGGAGAUUUAGACUGCUAUGAGCCUUUUGCUUCCAGGGGAAAUAUGCAAGUGUGCAGUGAAGGAAGGCACAUUGGGCCUGGUCAGAUACAUCUCCUUCAAGUAA